AUGAUUAAGCCUUAAAUUAUCGGGAAUAAUCAAAGAGUAGAACAAAUAUCUGAAGAGGAUUUUAUUAAAGCUGCAGCAUAUACUAAAAAGAUAAAUAGAAGAAUACAAUUUGUUUAUUGUUUGUAUGCAUUAGCUGUUCAUAUUUUUCUAAUUGUAGAAGUUUUCAAUCACUAAUAAAUUCCUUCCUAAGUUUGUUCCAUAGCGGCAAGUGGUUUAUUAAUAAUAUAGCAUUUUUAUCAUGGAACAAUUAUUUCCAUAGUGAAUUUAUAUUUAACUUUACCACUCUCUGGGGUAGGUUAUUUUAUAAGCAAAAUGGAACUAGCUAAUACCAUAGCUUUUCUUUUUUAAAUAUGCUUGUGGUUAGGAGAGCAACUCCACCUACUUUCACAAUACAACACUGACAACUUGAUGAAAAAACGACCUGUAGUUCAACAAAUUACUAAUGAUUAGAAUGGUGAAUAAUUAAUAAUCAAAGCAGAUGGGUAGUAAUCAAAUAAACCACUGCGAGAAACUACGAAAGAGAUCAAUGAAUUAGGAGACUCACUUAGUAUAGGUACUAGAUAAAUAAAUAAUAAAUAAUAAGAUGGCCAUUAUGAUAAACAUCAAUAGAACUUGGUUGAUUGA